UACAAUAUUUUUUUUCUUAAUAUAUAUUGUACUAGUUUGGCAGUGAGGCCAAGCAUGUUCACCGUGACCAAAAGUCUUCCCUUGGACUGCAGGCUUCGCAUCUCUCUGGCUUCACUCCGGCGGUAGAAGACAGUGGCGACGAUGGAUCAGUGGAUGAAGAAGUUCAAGGACAGCGGCGUCACUUACGCCUAUCUCAUCCUCUACAUUGCCAUAUCAAGUGGUCAAAUCUUCUUCAACAAGUGGGUUUUGUCUUCGAAGGAAAUCAACUUCCCUUAUCCAGUGGCAUUGACGUUGUUGCACAUGAUUUUUUCUUCUGUGCUGUGCUUUAUCCUAACUAAAGUUCUAAAGAUUAUAAAGAUUGAGGAAGGAGUGACACCAGAAAUAUAUGCUACCUCCAUUAUUCCCAUUGGUGCAAUGUUUGCAAUGACCCUCUGGUUGGGAAACAGUGCAUACCUCUACAUCUCUGUUGCAUUUGCGCAGAUGUUGAAAGCUGUUAUGCCUGUAGCUGUCUUCAUUCUUGGAGCUGCAGCUGGUCUUGAAGUGCUGUCUUGCAGAAUGUUCCUGAUAAUGUCCGUCAUCAGUUUUGGGGUUAUUGUUGCCUCCUAUGGGGAAGUCACUGUUAGUUGGGUUGGAGUGGUAUAUCAGAUGGGCGGGGUUGUAGGGGAAGCUCUUAGGCUUAUCUUCAUGGAAAUUUUUGUGAAAAGAAAAGGGAUACGCCUGAACUCAAUAUCAGUGAUGUACUAUGUCAGUCCAUGCAGUGCAUUCUGUCUCUUUAUCCCAUGGUUAUUCCUAGACAAACCAAAAAUGGAUUCAGCUGGGCCCUGGAACUUUCCACCGCUUAUAUUGUUUCUUAAUUGCAUCUGCACCUUUGUGCUCAAUCUCUCGGUUUUUCUUGUUAUCUCAAGGACAAGUGCACUGACUAUUCGUGUUGCUGGGGUUGUCAGGGACUGGGUGGUAGUUUUAUUAUCUGCUGCCCUAUUUUCUGAUACGAAGUUAACAUUUAUUAACCUAGUUGGUUAUGGAAUAGCCAUUGCUGGUGUUGUAGCAUAUAACAAUCACAAGCUCAAGAAGGAAGCAUCUGGGAUUAACACGUCUGGAAACACCAAUUCUAGAAUUGAAGUGACAUCCAAUGAUUCUCAUGUACAGUUGGUUCCUCCAAAUGAAGCAAGAUAAGAGUUUUUUUGUCUGAUUUCUAUUACUGGUUUGGAGAAGCCAGCUGCUUAAGCCAAGGAAAGCUGAACAACUUAUAGCUGCUUAAAGUGUCCUUACAGAUGCCUACUUAUCAUUUUACUUGUUAAGGUAGAUAAUUGUGCAUCUAACAGUUAUUUUAAUUUGGUGGAACCUGCUUUGUUUAAGUAGCCCUUCUCAGCCUAUUUUGAUUUAAGAGUUGAGGAGGAAUAGCAGCCCAGAAGCCGAGAGAGCAAGGGGAAAAUAAGUCGUUAUUUCUUUUUUUUUAACGAAAUAUUGAUUCAUUCUAGGGCAUCUUAUUAUUCAUAAUUUAUUUUAAACGUUGUUCUGAUGAA